GGGAGUGCUAACCAUGUCUGAAAGGGGUAUGCAAAUGCAAAUGACCAGCGUGCGUGUGCCCGUUUUCUUAGAGAGUUGUUCAAGGGUGGGGUGUUUGGUGCUGAGGGGCGAGACUAGGAGGAGAAGCAAAUGCAUCUCGCCCAGGACAGAGCCCCGGAGGAAGACGGGCAACCACAACAUGAGGGUGGGGUCUGAGCCCACUGCUGCCCACACCUGACCCACAGGACGCAGAGAACUCUGUUGUCCGUGGCGGAGAAGAAGGGGGGCGGGGAACCUAGGAGGAGACAGCGGGGAGGAGAGGACGCUGGAGAUCUCUGCCUGAGUGCUUUCCUUGUUGACAGAGGGAAUUCUGCCCCCGCCUGCUGAGCACAGAGCUGGGCUGGGAGAGAGGCACUAGCUCAGGAGAAGUCGCCAAAGCGGUCCUAGCUGACCCCCAUCCCGCACCUCCAGGACAUAUGGCUCUUUCCAGCCUUGGCAGACGACAGUGGGUGUCACGUGGGGUCCUCCCCAACCUGGGGAAAGAAGAGACUCCUUGGGGAUUUCAGUAGAUGCUGAGGCUGAGGACUUGGGCUUUCAGGAAACCCAUGGAGACCCACUCCCUGCCAGGCUCUCUUCCCAAAAUACCCACCCCAGGACCCCCUUGGACUCGAGCCCCCUGGGCCACCAGGAGGAAUGGCUUCUGAGAAUUCCAAUGCUGGAGACCCAAACGCAGCCCUGGCCUCUAACUGGUCCCAGAUGUGGGACAGGGCUCAGGGUUUUUAGACGUACCAGGACCUUCAACAGGCACCUUUCAUGUCCUUCCCCGCCCCCACCACCAUCAGCUCUCCAACAUAAUACAGAGAGGACGCACCCAGCAGUCAUGGGUGAGAGGAACAGAGAUCUACAGGGACCCUUCCAGCACCUGCUAGCAGCAGGUCCCUCCCCAUCCUCAGCUCCUUCCUCUCUAAAGUUUUGAUCGUCUUCUCAGACCCUGAGGGGCCUCAGCUGGAUUUAUUGUCCCCUGGGCUCCAAAGGGGGGGCUUCCUGUGGAUCUCACCUAGGGAGCCCUCUGGUGCUUAGAGGCUCUGGGGAAAGGAUUGAGCAAUGAUACCACGUGCCCAGAAGCCCCACCUUCCAGGACUCUGGCCCUGAUGUAGCUGGCUUUCUGAGCCACUAACUCUUGAUUCAUGGACAUCACCUCAGCCCCAGUGGGCUCCCCAGAGCGCUGCUGCUGCCAGCUGCCUAAAAUGGGUGACACCUGGUCCCAGCUGCCCUGGCCUGGGCCCCCCCACCCAGCCGUGCUGCUGGUCUCCCUCCUCUUAGCAGCCGGGAUGAUGCGCUCAGAUGCUGGCACCAGCUGCCCCGUCCUUUGUACGUGCCACAACCAGGUGGUGGACUGUAGCAGCCAGCGGCUGUUCUCCGUGCCCCCGGACCUGCCAAAGGACACCCGCAACCUCAGCCUGGCCCACAACCGCAUCGCAGCCGUGCCGCCCGGCUACCUCACGUGCUACAUGGAGCUCCGGGUGCUGGAUCUGCGCAACAACUCCUUGGUUGAGCUGCCCCCAGGCCUCUUCCUCCACGCCAAACGCUUGGCACACCUGGACCUGAGUUACAACAACCUCAGCCACGUGCCAGCCGAUAUGUUCCAGGCAGCCCACGGCCUCGUGCACAUCGACCUGAGUCACAACCCAUGGCUGCGCAGGGUGCAUCCCCAGGCCUUCCAGGGCCUGGUGCAGCUCCGAGACCUGGACCUCAGCUACGGGGGCCUGGCCUUCCUCAGCCUCGAGGCCCUCGAGGGCCUGCCAGGGCUGGUGACCCUGCAGAUCGGCGGCAACCCCUGGGUGUGCGGCUGCACCAUGGAGCCGCUGCUGAAGUGGCUGCGAAACCGGAUCCAGCGUUGCACAGCGGAUUCUCAGCUGGCUGAGUGCCGGGGUCCCCCUGAAGUCGAGGGUGCCCCACUCUUCUCCCUCACUGAGGAGAGCUUCAAGGCCUGCCAUCUGACCCUGACCCUGGAUGAUUACCUCUUCAUUGCGUUUGUGGGCUUCGUGGUCUCCAUUGCCUCCGUGGCCACCAACUUCCUCCUGGGCAUCACCGCCAACUGCUGCCACCGUUGGAGCAAGGCCAGUGAAGAGGAAGAGAUUUGACGUGGGCACCUGGCAUCCCCCCCUGCUGCUGGCCACCACUGCUGCUGACCACCAGACACCACUCACUCUGGCUCUUGGUGCCCUGGCCACCCCUGUCAUGACCCAAACAAGGUCAGGAAACUACCUUUGUGUGAUCUUCAACUGUGGGCCAGACACUGUGCCAGAACUGGAAAUAUCCAAUGACUCUGACCUACUCCCUGCCCCCAAGGCUCUUACCUCUAAUGGAAGAGAGAGAUUCAAAAACUAUUUCCUUUACGACAAUUUGUCAGCACUCUCAGCACAUAGCUAUGAAAGCUCAGAGGAGGGAUCAUCAAUUGUGCCCAGAAAAUGUCCAAGAGAAUUACAAGAAUGGAGGCAAUUUGUGAACUGAGUCAUCAAAAUCUGUCUGCUUUGUCAAAUAGACAAAGAAGGGUGGACUUGAACAAAUGACAGAGUCCAAAAUAUGCAUGGUGUGUUGAGAACAGUGACCAAUCCUUGUGACUUAAGUGUCUAGAGCAGGUGUGGCACAGGACCAAAACUUCCCUCUGACACCCUAUCUUUCAGCUCCUGGAGUUGCCCACCACUGCCUCCAGAGGGAGAGAACACCUCUGUGCCCUCCUAGGCCUCCUCCUGCCAGGAGCUACCAGGUGAGACCACCUUCUACUGACUGCCUCCCAUACUACAUGCACCAAUUGCAGCCUCCCAGUGAGGUCCCAGGUACCAAUCUGAGGUACCUACCCUUGUCUCCUGCCUCUCACUCAAGUUUUGGCUUCAGAAGAGGGAAGCAAGAGAUCCAGCAAUGGGGCAGCAAGAGGCCUGGCACCUGGGAACUCCUAAUCUUGUGACUAUUCUUGCCACGGUGCCCACACCAAAGGAUCUCACCGGGAAAAUGCACUGCAGCAUGAGGGUAGCCAAGACUUAAGGAGGACAAGGCCACCACAGUUAUGACUGUAGGAGAUUUUCUCUUUCUCCCAAGCAAUUCACCCAAUUAAGCAUCAGGGUAUGAGAGCUAUUAAUUACCAAGCACUUGCCGGUAUCAGGCACUGUGAUAAGCUCUUUCCACAGACAACUCCCUUUAAUGCAAACAUCAAUCUCGUGAGGUAAGCAUUGUCAUUCCCAUUGUAUAGAUGAGGAAUUGAAGGCUCAAAGAGGCUUAAAGUCACUUUUUGCUUAACAAGCAAAAUAAAGUCUGUGCUCUUUCUACCCUAUCCAAGCUGGGGAACAUCAUGGUUCCCUCUAAAGUUAUAUAAGUUCGAGUUCAAGUAAUGAUUAAGUGCCCCCCAGUAAUAGCCAGGCACUCUUCUGGGCACUUUUAAAUCUACUGACUCACUUAUUUCAAUUCUCAGAGUAACACUGCCUGGUGGUCUUUAUUAUUUCCAUUUUACAGAUGAAUUAAUCAUAGAGAGCUGAAUAUCUUACCCAAGGUUAUCCGGGUAAACUCUAGAGGGAAGGUGAUAGGCAGCUCCAUUUAGGGAAACUAUGUCUAAUCAGUCCGUCCAAAAUCAAGUAGCUUCAUGUGCAAAGCACUAUUAUCGUCAUUGCUGCUGUCAUCUCCAUCCUCGUCAUCAGCCUCAUCAGGGCCUUCCCUGUAUUUGUUCAGCACUGGACAGCUCCUAACACGCUGUUAGCGUCAUUCCAGACUUCACAACCCUAUAUGCGAGGCAAACCAAACACAAUUACUCCUAUUUUACAGAUUGGAAAAUGAGACUCAAGAGCAGGCAUGACUUGCUAAAGCAGUGAAAUUGGGACUCAACUUCAACUCGGUUCUCUCUCCAGCUUUCCCAGGUGCUUGAGGAAGAGAAUGCCCAGGAUGGCUGGGUCGUGGGGCUCUUGGAUUCAGCAGCCAUGAAUGUCCAGUAGAUCAGCUAAAUAAAAGGCAGUAAAACCAGCUGCUGCACAAAUUUAGAUGUGCUCACAGUAGAGCAAAUCACAGCCUCUGAAACUCAGAAGCGGCACAAAUAACACCUGAAUAGGAGUCGUCUGCCUUGCAAAGUGUAAAUAACACAUUAAAACUAGUGGCCAUGGUUGCAGUCAGGCAAAAAAGAAGUUCUUUGGGAAACAAGAGAGGAAGCUGUGCUAACCUCUCCUACUCAAGCCCUGCUGUGUUAUGUUGCAAGAGAUACAAAGGGUGCAGGAGAGCUGUGGGGUAAGAACCUCAGUAGGAUAGGGGAAGACAUUAAGGCACACAGUCCAAUGUUGGUAAAGCUGGCCAGGGUAAAGUUUAAAACAGGGGCUUUCUAGUGUGCCCCCCAGCUCCAACAAAUUUGCGUCAUCCCAUCCUCCUGGAAAAGGAAUAAAGGAAAAUAACAUGUCAACUUCCAAGAACUCUUCCCUUCCUCAUGCUUCCCUGAGCUAGUCCAAAAGAGCACCCAGAAACUUUUUAGACCUGGGGUACUUGAACCUUGUAUCCCCUGCAUCUCACCAACAACAUUUGGGCAAGAGCCUGCUCCUGUGACAUCUGGAACAGAACUGUACCUGCUCUCUUCUUCCACUAUUCUGCUCUUCACCAGUCAAGCUAACAGCCUAAUGUAUUUGGCAAGGAACUUUUAGAAAUAAUAGUCUUGAUGCAAAUAGCUAAGCCUCCCAUAGAGGGACACCAUAUACAUCUAUUACAAUCUCCUAGAGACUCUUAUUUGCUGAAAUAUAGUUAAUAUAUUUUAAAAUAUGUACUUUUUGCAUAGAACUAGAACCAAACAAGACACCAAAUGCCCCUUGAAUUCCAAUGUCCUUUCUAAUGAGACUAUUUAGUCCCCAUUAAUGGCAAACCUUUCUGAGUAAGAUACACAGCAUUUAAAGAACAGAUUCUUCUCCAGCUGCUAGAAGGACCCCAGUUAACUAAAGCACAAUGAAAAAACUCUUUGCCUGCCAAGGAAUUCCAUGUCUCUCACCACUACCACCACCAUCUUGUGCAGGCUAUCAAAAGCAAUCUUCUAGAAGCAUACUUUUCUAGAGGUAAUAUAACUGCCCUAGUUGUAAAUGUUCACACAACCCUGCUGACCAAGAAACCAUGAUGGUAUUCCUAUAAACCUUGAAUAAGUUUUUUCCAGACUGGCUAACAUGUAAGUGUUGGGGUAUCUCUGAGUCCAUGUAUCUGUUCAUGAGGGUCCAUGUACGUUGGGUAUAUACUGAUAUAGGGCCAACCUCUCUGGAACUUGAGUUCAGUUCUCUGACACAAUAUACUCAGCCAUCUGUUUAUUGCAUCACUUGAUACACUAAGAUAGAAUCCCAUUAGGGUUAGGUUAGGGAUAGCUGCUGAAAAAAAUAUAAAAAGAGAAAUAUGUGGCUGAGGCAACCUAGCAACAGCCUGACUGCUUCCCUCCAUUCUCUAUCUCUCAGAGAUUUGUCCUUAUCACAGAAGCUUCCUUCAUGCUGGGCCUGAGGAUAUCAAAGUUUAGCUAACCAACAGGGCUAUGAUGGUCAAAGUCUGGUCCAAGAAAAUUUUUCCUUAGAAAAGACCCCAAUCUGCACCACACAACUCUGGACCAGUUGCUUCUGAUCACUCUCAGACAAACCCUCAUCUGUUUCUCCAUUCCCAUAGGGAUUACCAGGAAAUCUUGCAGAAAUUAGUCCCCAGAGAUGCUAUAGAGUUUGCUAGCUCUUUUCAAGGAAGACGGUAUAUGGAAUUAGAAUAGACCAAGAAAGGUAUUUCUCUUCAGCCAUCAAGAAAGACCUACAACCUUCAUUUUCUUUAUAGAUGUCUUUACUGAUAUUGCUUUGACAUCCUUUUCAGCUCUAGAAGAGUAUAAGGAGACAUCUUUGCCCAUUCCUCAGAAGAACAAUUUCCCAAAGCUAGAGAAACUUGUCUGCUCUACCCACCUCAGAAGGAGGCAAAAGGGAAGUGUAGGAGGCAAGUUCCAAGGUCCUGUGUAAAUCACCGCCGUGUUUGCCAUAGCACUAGGUGGAGAGCUCUGGAUCCACUAAGCUCUCAGUUUUUCUAAGCAUUGUCCUGUGGAAUGCUGA